GUCUGUUGCCUAGUUGAGCUUGGUUAAGCUUGGUUGAGCCUGGUCGAGACCUGGUUCAGCUUGAUCGAUCAUUAGCCACACGGCAACCUCCUGCACGCCAAAACGCUAGCGGUGUACGAUCCCGUCGCGCCCUCGGGACCGACUCAUGAAAAACAUCGCCAUGCCCCCUACCCCAGAGUCUCAGCUGGGCGACGGCUCGGUUAACAAUGAUACCUCGCCGCCAGCCGGCUCCUCGCUUAGCAAUGCGCCGCCCAAUCCAGACGCUUCCAUGGUUAAAGUCACAAGAGGGCAUAGCUGUGUGUUAUGCCAACAGCGCAAAGUCCGCUGCGACAAGAGCAAGCCCUGUUCCAAUUGCGUAAAGGCCGGCGUCGAGUGCCGUGUCGUGCCACCUCAACCACCUCGGCGGCGCAAGAAGCGCAUUCCCGAGCGAGACCUGGUUGAGCGCCUACGGAAAUAUGAAGCACUGCUAUCCCAGAAUGGUAUCGAGUUCGACUCGUUAGGUCCGGACGUUAAGAUUGUGGACCCCGGCUCCGUCGAGGACGGCGAUGAGCUAGAACCCGAGUUUAUAAGACAGAGAAGUAAAGAAUCGCCUGCCGGUGUAGAUCCCGAAUUGAUCUCUUCGCCCGGCGAAUCUGCUCACGUCCCUAGAACCUUCAAGUGGUUUCCUUUCCAGAAGGAGGCUAUUUCGGCCGGUGGACGAAGCCCUUAGAGACUCUUCCGACGACGAAGACGUUGGCUCGUCAAUUAACCAAGCGUACGAUAAAAUGUUUGAUAGUCCCGACGGUUUCCCUUUUGUGUGUCUCGGUCGCUAGAGGCGCUGAUGUUUUCAAUUUACCUGAUGGCCAUCACAAGCAUAGAUGAAGCAGAAUGUCAGGCCACGUUCAACGAAUCAAGAAAUAC